AAGACCAAAGUGACACUCUGAGAUUGUGCAGUUGUACUCUAGAGUUUUACUCUAGAUUUGGCUCAUGUUAAAGGAUAUUAAAGACUACCAUGAUGGUGAAAAGUGCUGUCAUCACUGUGCUUUUACUAAUGUUGGCAGACUGCUUUGCUCAGUCAGACUGGACCUUCUUAAUCUACAAUGCUCACAAGAACCGAUGCCUUGGAAGCAAUCUUCAAAGGCUGGAUGUGUGUGACCCUCAUAGUCCGAGACAACAGUUCCGCUGGACUUCAGAGAACAGCAUUUUCAACAUAGCUGAGAAGAAAUGCCUCGGCACCGGGAGCAUUAGUGAGGGGAAUAAACUACAGUGGUACACCUGCGAUGCCACCAGUGCCCUUCAGAAGUGGGAGUGCCAGACCAACUUGAAGUUUAGUGUAAAGAACGAGUCUCUGUACUUGUCUCUUCAGGGAGAUUCUUAUCUACUAACACUGUCCAGAGACCCUGGAGAGAAGGGCAAGUGGACACUUCAUGGAACGAUGGACAGCGUUUGCUCUCGCCCGUAUGAAGAAAUGUACACAAUUAAAGGAAAUGCCUUGGGACGUCCGUGUCAGUUCCCAUUCCGUUACAAAAACAACUGGUAUGCAGACUGCACAAAAGAAGACUCAGCAAAGAAGCGUCUAUGGUGUGCAAUUGAAAGUGUUUAUGAAGUUAAUGAGCUCUGGGGUUAUUGCCCAACACGUGAAAAAGUCGACGAUUUCUGGAAGAAGAACCCUCUGACAAACGUUUAUUACCAGGUGAAUGGCCAGUCUGCACUGACCUGGUAUCAGGCCAGGAAGAGCUGUCAGCAACAGGGAGGAGACCUGCUGAGCAUCACUGAGCCCCACGAGCAGACCUUCAUAUCAGGGUUGAUCCAGCAGGCAGGUUCAGUCUUCUGGACUGGACUAAACAGUUUAGAUGCUUCAAGAGGAUGGCACUGGGUCAAUGCACAACCUUUACGCUAUCUGAAAUGGAUAAGUGGACAACCAUCUUCUCUACCAGGCCACAGCUGUGGAGUGCUAGAUCAGUCUCAUGACUCUGGAUGGUCCACUGCUGUUUGCUCUGAGAAGCAUGGAUAUAUCUGCCAAAGAGGCCUCAUUAUUCCCACUGUUCCACCAAUUGUGCACACAGGUUCUUGCUACAGUCCGUGGAUACCUUACUCAGGACACUGCUACUUACUCAGUCGCACAAAGAGAACAUGGCUGGAGGCGAAAGAUUCCUGUCGGCGUGAAGGUGGAGAUCUGCUGAGUAUUCUCAAUGUAGAAGAACAAAGCUUCACCAUCACACAACUGGGAUACGCAAAAACAGACGAGCUGUGGAUCGGCCUUAAUGACCUCAAGACUUCGAUGCUGUUUGAGUGGAGUGAUCACUCUAACGUCCAGUUUGCCUUGUGGGACGUGAAUGAGCCGAGUCACAAUGCUGCCCUUAAAGAAAACUGUGUGCUAAUGAAAGAAGAGGAAGGAAAGUGGGCCGACCAGAUCUGUCAGAAGAAGUACGGAUACAUCUGCAAGAAAAAACCCCACCUACAGCCAUCCACUAAUGACACUGCUGUUACAAAUCCAGGCUGCAAAGCUGGUUGGGUCAGGUACGGCUACUACUGUUUUCUAGCAGGAUCAGAGACUAAGACCUUUGAGGAGGCCAGAAAGAUGUGUGAAAAGGCUGGAUCAUAUUUAGUCGACAUUACAAACAGGAUUGAAAAUGCAUUCCUGGUGAGUCUAAUUGGAGCACGACCAGAGAAGCACUUCUGGAUCGGAUUGUCCAACAUGAAGGAUAAACACACUUUUGAGUGGACUAACACAACGAAGGUUCAAUUCACGCAUUUCAAUGCUGGAAUGCCAGGGGGGAGGCAAGGCUGUGUUGCCAUGACCACUGGAGUACUUGCUGGAUUAUGGGAUGUGCUGAGCUGCACUAAUACAGAGAAAUACAUCUGCAAGCAGAAAGCUGAGGGACUGAUUACAACUAUGGCCCCCCCGACCACUCCUGCUCCCAGCUGCAACGAGAGCUGGUCUCCAAUACCAAACAGAGAUUUCUGCUACAAGCUGUUUUCAGUGGAGCAAAGCCAGAGGAAGACGUGGUAUGAAGCUCUUGACUACUGCCGGGAUCUUGGUGGUGACCUGCUCAGUAUCCACGGAACUUUUUCCAUAGAAGCCGAAGGACUUAGUUCAUCAACAGCAUGGAUUGGCUACAGUAUCCAGGACCCCUCUGUUGGUUUCACGUGGAGUGACGGUUCCUCUUCCUCCUAUGAAAACUGGCAGGAAGGGGAACCAAAUAAUUUAAACAAUGCAGAACAGUGUGUUACAGUGCUUUUUCACUGGUGGAGGAGCACAGAAUUAGAGUGGAAUGACCUGCAUUGUCAAGACAAAUGCAACUGGUUAUGUGAGAUUCGAAAAGGAGUUACACCAAAGACAGUGGAGAUUACAGAGAAAACAUAUAAUACAACAGAGGACGGCUGGAUCAUCUUUAAGGACAAUCAGUAUUAUUUCAGUGAUGAGGCCUCCUCAAUGGAAAGUGCACGGCGCUUCUGUAAGCACAGACAUGGUGACCUUGUGUCUAUUAACGACGAGGAAGAGAGGGUGUUUGUAUGGCAUCAGACAAAAACAUUACAUUAUGCUGAUCCUUAUAUUGGUAUGAGGAUCGAUAUGGACAAAUCGUUGACGUGGAUGGAUGGUUCUCCGGUAGUUUUCCAGGCGUGGGCGAGGCAACAGCCAGCUUUUUUAAAUGAAGAUGAGCACUGUGUAAAAAUGACUUGGUCUCAAGGGCUUUGGGAAAGUAUAAACUGUGGAGAUUUAGAGAAGUUUAUCUGCAAACGAAGUGGAUCUGUCCCAGUCAAUUCCACUGUUGCCCCCACUGAGCCCCCCACUGGAGGCUGUGCUGCAGAGUGGAUGAAAUUUCAGGAUAAGUGUUAUAAACUGAACCUGGAGAAGAAAACCUGGUUGGAUGCCAGAUCAUCCUGUAAGCAGCUUGGAGGAAAUCUAGCGUCUGUGACUAAUUCACUUCUGCAAGCCACCUUGACCUUAAAGAUGGCAGAGGACAACUCUCCAGAUUUGUGGCUCGGCCUCAGCAAUUUAGCAGGAUACUUUAAAUGGACAGAUGGAAGUUCUUUCACUUUCAUUGCCUGGAGACAGGAAUAUUAUUAUUAUUCAUCGGAACCCCGUUGUGCCACAAUUGGAGGCAAACAGUCGUCUAAACCAGGCAAAUGGUUGCAAAAUGACUGCAAUGAUACGAAUGGCUAUAUUUGCAGUCGUGCUCUGGAUCACUUAAUCAAACCAACUCCCACAGAGCUGCCCAAAACUUUCAUCAAGCUUGGAAAUUCUUCUUACAUGCUCGUCCAAACCAACAUGACCUGGAAAGAAGCUCAGAGUCACUGUCAGUCUGUGGGGGCAAACCUGGUCAGCAUUCAGGACGUCUUCACCCAGUCCUACAUUCACCUGCAGGCUCAUAAAGUUGGACGACCCUUGUGGAUUGGCCUUAAUAGUAUGGAGACAGAUGGGUACUUCCUGUGGAUUGAUAACUGGCAGUUAAAUAUACAGAACUGGGACUAUGGUGAACCAAAAAAGGACCAUCCCUGUGUUUAUGUGGAUACAGAUGGAAAUUGGAAAUCUGCAAAGUGCAAUCAAACCUAUUACAGUGUAUGCAAGAAGUCAUCAGAAAUUGCUCCAACACCACCAGCCCAAUUCCCAGGCAUGUGCCCGGAGGAAACAGAAGAUGAACCCACGAUGACAUGGCUGCCUUUUAGAGGGCACUGUUAUGCAUUUGUGACCAAUUUUCAUUCAUGGGUUGCAGCAUCUAAUGUUUGUAAUAGAAAAGGAGGCAGUCUUGCCAGCAUUCAAGACACAAAAGAGGCCAAGUUUAUAGAGAAUUAUAUCAGCUUGCUUGGGAAUAAUCAGGAGAAAUUUUGGAUAGGACUUUUCAAGACUUUUGCAGGACACUGGCUGUGGGUGGACAAAAGUGUAGUGGAUUACACCAACUGGGAACAAUCAAAUAAUGAUGAAGAAGAAGAAGAAGAAGAAGAUGAUGGAUAUGGAGGAAAUAACUGUGCAUUUAUCUCUGCUGAAUCUAAACAAUGGAAGCAAAACCACUGUGUUUACAGCUACGCUAUGUCCAUCUGCAAAAUAGCCAAAGUUAUGCACUCAACAACAGCACCAAACCAAACAGGUCCUGACACACAUCGGACACAUUCUGCUGUUGUGUCGGUGGUCGUGGUGAUACUGGUGGUGUCUGUGCUGGCCGGACUAGCUUACGUCUACUACAGAACCUCCAAGCGCCGCUUCGUUCUUCCUGCAGUAGUGAAUCCGCUGUACUACACCACUGAAGUCUCCCAGCCAGAGGACAAAGACACCAAGACAUUAGUGGACCACAUGCAAUAGACUUCAAUUGUUUACUUUGUGAUUACUGUUAAUUAAUUGUGCUUUUAUCGUAUCCCUCAUUUACGCUGUCAUUUUAGUAAUUGCGUUUAAAAUGAUGUAUCAGAAAGUUGUUUAAAUGAGUCCAAACUGUAAGACCAAUCCACUUUCCAGUCAUUACCUAUUACAUAAACUUCACCACCCUUUUUUAAGUACAGUUUGCUUCACUUCUU